AUGUCCACACAGCUCGACUUUUCCUUUUCAGCGGACUCGAGCCCAGAGUCCGCUUCAACUUACCUCAAUGCCCUUGCGCACGGCCAGGACACGUCGCCCGAGUCUCCUCGUCAGACAUCCGACUCGCCCGCCAGCCAGAACAGGCCAGACCAGGCUCCGGGGGCGCGUGCCCGGCGCAAGAGGAAAAAGAACUUUACCAGGGAGGACAGGGCCAUGCACAGCGUCGUAGAAAGGCAGAGACGAGAUGCCUUCAACCAGCUGCUCUCGCAACUGUCCUCCAACAUACCCAAUCAGCCCUCCACCAAGAAGCAGUCAAAGAGCGUCAUUGUGCGGGCUUCCAUCGCACACCACAUCGAUCAGCGUCAGAGGGCGCUGACGGCAAGCGUAGAGAUCCGCAAGCUCUUGGCAGAGAGGGCAGACCUGCUGCGCGAAGUGAACCGGCUGCGGCAAAAGAUGGGCCAUGGCGCGCCUCGCACACUGGACCGGGACCAAGAACAGAUCCGGGAAAGGGACAGACUGCAGGUGUUUGCCGUCGAGACGGAAAACUUUACCGACUUUACUGCCGACCAAUUGGACACAGCCAUCGAAGGAGGGACAGCGUCGCAGAUCGACGCCUUUCCGGAAGAUGGCGCACAUGUUCAGGAGCCCUUUGCCAUUCCUUUUGAUGCGCCUUUUGCAUCUCCAACCCCGAGCCAGGUUAAUCGACUCCUGCAGCACAUCGACAGCGAUUUGCUGAGCAUUGCGCCCGUUUGA